AUGUCUCUUCCUCAGCCUGUUCCACCGUCCUGGAAGGAUCUCGGAAAGUCCUCCAACGACCUCCUCGGGAAGGACUAUCCGUUCAACACCACCUCCCUAGAGAUCAAGACUAAGGCUAACGAUGUCAGCUUCAAAGUUGCCGGAAACAAUGCUGGAGGCGCUAUUAUUGGUGACCUCGAAGCCAAGUACGGCAACAAAAAGCACGGUUUCACCCUCACCAACACUUGGACCACCGCCAACGUCUUAAAAUCUCAAAUCGAGCUUGAGAACCAGCUUGCCAAGGGACUCAAAGUUGACAUCUUAUCCUCGCUCGCUCCUGAAAAAGGUACCAAGUCCGCUGUCAUCAACGCUGCCUUCAAGCAAUCUGGUCUGCACACGCGCGCUGCUCUUGACGUUUUCAAGGGUCCUACGUUCACUGCUGACGCUGUUGUUGGUCGUGAUGGGUUCCUCCUUGGUGCAGAGACCGCAUAUAAUGUUACCGAGGGUAACAUUACGCGUUACGCUGCCGCUAUUGGUUACAAUGCACCCGAAUACGCUGUCACCAUCCACGGUCUUAACAACCUUCGCACCUUCUCUGCCAGCUACUAUCACAGAGUGAGCCCUGACGUCGAGGCUGGCGCUAAGGCUGUAUACGACUCUAAGGCUACGACAGGUGGUGUAGCACUAGAAGUCGGUACCAAAGUUUACCUCGACCCCGCCGCAUUUGUUAAAGCGAAGAUCAACAACGUUGGUGUCCUUGCUCUUGGCUAUACCCAGGCUCUCCGACCUGGUGUGAAACUCGGUCUUGGUCUAGCUGUCGACACUCAAAAGCUCAACCAAGUCUCUCCCAGUGGUCCUGCUCACAAGGUUGGUGCUAGCUUUACCUUCGACUCGUAG